AAAAUAAAAUAAUGGAUGUCAUUCUUGGCUACGUGGAUGAAUUCAGACACAUGAAGUUCAGAAAGAUAAUAUUGCAAAUAGUUUCAUUAGCAAUAGUAGUAGGAUCAGCAUUGUCAAUUUGGAAGAGUUUAUAAGUCGUGUCAUUUUCAGAAUCUCCAGUGGUCGUUGUUUUGUCUGGAUCAAUGGAGCCUGCAUAUUACAGAGGUGAUAUACUAUUCUUGACCUACUUCAACAAGCCAUUUGAGGUGGGAGAUGUGAUUGUGUAUAAGAUCAAAGAUUAAGACAUUCCAAUUGUGCAUAGAGUAUUGCAAAUUCAAUAGAAGAGUGAAGAUCCUAUGGAUUAGUUGAUAUUGACCAAAGGUGAUAAUAAUCAAGUGGAUGACCGAGCCUUGUAUCCAAGAAAACAGAUGUGGCUGGAACGAUCAGACAUCAUGGGAAAAAUAGAAGGAGUGUUGCCAUAUGUGGGAUACAUCACUAUAUUACUGAAUGACUAUCCUUCAUUGAAAUUCGUGAUGAUUGGUUUAAUGAGUUUGUUUGUGCUAACAGCCAAGGAUCCAUAAAGUUGAGUUAUUUAUUAAUUAAAAAUAAUUUACCAAAUGUAAAAAGUGCAAAAA